AGUUUAGUAAAAGCAGAAAGAGAGAGAAAGAGAGAGAGAGAGGGAGGUUAUAAAUAAUUUACGUAUACGUUGCGUGUCUUGGAAUGUAGUAGUAUGACCCCAACGGCCUUCCAUACGCGACUGCGCCUUUAAGACCUUGAAUGCUGUAAUUUCUGGUUGGACAGCAGCUAUGGCGGAGUGUGUGAGAUCCAGCUCAGGUCUCCCUUCUUCAGGAGAUAUGACUUCACUGGCACGGGCUUUAUCCCACACCACUUUAUCCCAGCUCGACCAGUCGGACGCGUUUCAGUCGCAGUCGUCUCUGUACAGGAUGGGAGGUUCUCGGAGGAGAAGAGUAUCAACUAGUCAAAGCGUGGACUCUGUGGAUGUGAGUCCAAGCGCUGAGGCGCGCGUGCUGGUUAUCAAUACCGGAGGGACAAUAGGAAUGAUGUACCACAAUGACGUGCUGUGUCCUGAACCCAAUGCCCUGGUUAAAGCGCUACGCAAGCUUCCCAUCCUGCACGACGAACAAUAUGCUCAGCAAACCAGACUCUAUGAGUACUAUGAUCCUCCUGAGAACACGCUGGUGCUGCCGAUGCCAACUCGCCAUGCUGAUGAACUAUCUCUACGCCUGUCCAAACAGAACAAAAGAAUAGUGUAUACUGUUAUAGAGUACUCUCCGCUGCUGGACUCCUGCAACAUGACAACUGAUGACUGGGCCAAUAUUGGAAAAGAUAUUGAGAAACACUAUGAGAAAUAUGAUGGUUUUGUCAUUCUGCAUGGUACUGACACUAUGGCCUACACUGCCUCAGCUCUGUCCUUCAUGUGUGAGCACCUUGGCAAACCUGUCAUCCUCACUGGCUCUCAGGUACCGAUUUAUGAAAUGAGGAAUGAUGGGAGAGACAACCUGAUGGGGGCGCUGCUCAUCGCAGGACAGUUUGUCAUCCCUGAGGUGUGCCUCUACUUCCAUCAUAAGCUGUUCCGAGGCAAUCGUGUUACCAAAGUGGAUGCUGGGAGUUUCAAUGCCUUUAACUCCCCCAACCUGGCUCCAUUAGCCAAUGCUGAAGUUGAUAUCAAAAUAAAUUGGGACACAGUAUGGAGGGCAAACACAACAGCAAAGUUCAGGGUCAACACACAGAUGAACCGCAACGUGGGCCUCCUGCGUUUAUUCCCCGGCAUCACUGCUGACACUGUUCGAGCCUUCCUGCAGCCACCCAUGGAGGGGAUUGUGCUGGAGACCUAUGGCAGCGGUAAUGCCCCUGAUAACCGCGCAGACCUGCUGGAAGAGUUCCGGAAAGCUACGGAGAGAGGAGUUAUCAUGGUCAACUGCAGCCAGUGCCUCCGAGGCUCCGUCACCACAUCAUACGCCACUGGCAGGGCCCUGAGUGAUGCUGGAUUGGUACCUGGGGGUGAUAUGACUCCAGAAGCUGCGCUGUCUAAACUCUCCUACAUCCUGGCCAGGAAAGACCUCAAUACACAAGAGAAGAAGAAGAUGCUGAGCCGAAAUCUGCGUGGUGAGAUGAUUGCUCACUUGAAGGGGGCCAAGCUGACACUCAGUGACAGUCGCUUCAUUCAAGUCAUUGCUAAAUCCCUCUGCAUCAGCUGCAAAGAGGAGCUGGAAGCUAUCCGUGAUGCCAUGACCCCUACGUUAGCCUGCGCUGCUGCUAAGAUUGGCGAUGUUGAGGCACUGGAGGCAAUUAAAGAGAUGGGAGGUAACUUGAGCAUGGAAGACUAUGAUGGCCGGACUCCCCUCCAUAUCGCUGCCUGUGAGGGUCACUUCAAAUUAGUGCAGUAUUUACUGAGCCAGGGAGCCACCGUUUACGCUAAAGAUCGCUAUGGGAACACACCUCUUCUAAACGCUGUUCGUUUCAGACACAAAGAUGUGGUGAAGUUACUGAAAAAAACGGGAGCCCAUUUUUCUCGUGAUGAAAUGGAAGGCACUGGAACCGAGUUUUGCAGUCUGGCAGCAAACGCAGAUUUGGAAGGAUUGCAGAUUUGGCACUUAGCUGGAGCUGAUCUGACUAUGCCAAGUUAUAAUGGGCAAUUAGCCAUUGAGGUGGCCAUGCAGUUUGGCAAUGAGGAAGUUGUGCAGUUUCUUCAGUGGGCUGCUCAGUACCGAGCUCAGACAGAUGAGGGUUUUGAGGUUUUUGAUGAAAUCGAAGAGAAUGGUGAAUUCAUUGAGUUUUCAGCUUGUCCACAGAAGUUCUAAGAAGACAAUCCCACCAGCAUCCAUCCCUUUGUUGUUUUUCAUUCAGGUUAUAUGUAUAGUGCCGUUACAGCAGAUAUUUUCACAAAGCAGCUUGACUUUAUAAAUGAGUAAACCAAAGGCAGACACAUUACGAAGAGGGCUUGCGGCAGAACCCUUGAGAGGACUAGGAUAGGGGAACAUCCACUAUGGGUGACCCAAGAUAGUGAAUUUUGCUCAUGAUUAAUUACAGUAUAAUUGCACCUGGAGCACACAGAGGAUAAGUAAACAGUUGUAAUUGUGCUGGAAAUGCACAGGAUAUUAAGUAUGUGCACAUUCUGAGUAAGAACUUUAAUAUGAACGUAACAUAAAACUGGUUUUAUCUGUCCCUCCUUUAAAACCCUUCUUUUUAUAUACCUAAUUUGAUCUUACAUCAUUACAAUUGGAACCCUUUUUAUUAGAUAAUAAACCAUAUAUUUAGAAUCUGGGCCAUACUUAUACAGGACUAAGCAGACACAAUGUGAGUGUAAUGUACUGUAGGUUCAGGUAUUAUACGUGAAUGACAUUUUAUAUUACUGAGCAAUAUAUAAUAAUGCUGGAAGAGCUUACAUCACAUCAGUAUUAGAAAGUAAUAAAAUGUUAUUGUCUAAGAUUUUUGACAGGGCGUUAUACAAUAGGUAUUGUACAUUUUAGAAAGUGCUUGUGAGUUAGCGAAGCCCAUGUUUGGGAAUGGUUUCAGUUCAAAUAUGCUGUUAAACCAUAUUUUGUGUAAUCAGGCUUGCUUAUCAUCUCAUUAGGAUAUCAGGAAGUGGAAAGAAAGUGUUAUGAUUUGCAUUAGCCAACAUUGGUUUAGCUUUUUUGCUAAUUUACCAUCUGCUAAUGUCAACUGCGACAAAAGUGUGUGGCAAUAUUUAGUCACUGUUCAAUUCACAUCAACAUGCAGUUUGAUGUGUUUUAAAGACACACAAAUGUAGUUUGAGUCGGGUAAUAUCCGAGAGCUGAGAAGAUGCAAGUUCAUGUUUUGUCCUCAUAGUAAAGUAGUCAGUGUAUUAUUAUUAUUAUUAUUAUUAUUAUUAUUAUGAUUAUUAUUAUUACUGUAUGAAUGUAAGUUGUGUAUAAGCUGGAAAAUGUUAGCAAAUCUAUGUUAGAUAAGCGCAAACAAAUAAAAUAAAAUAUUUUGAUCCUAA